AUUGAAAGAAUCCAAUACGCUGACGUGUCAUCUUAUUGAGCGCAGAGAUCACAUUUCCAGGGUUGGCUUGGCUGAGAGACGGUGAAUUCAAUUUGAGUCGGCCACUCCAUUUUAUAUUCUUCAUUCUCCUCUUCUCACUGGCUAUCGACUCUCGCCGGAAACCUAAAAAUCAAAGCUUCAAUCUUUAUCACCAUCAUCGUCUAAUUCCUGAAAUUGCGGACUGAUAUACUCGAAGAUGGCCUCGAAGCUUCUUUCAGCCGCUAUUCGCGGCGGUAGACUCUGCAAGCGCACCGCUUCCCCCUUCCACCCCCUUUCCACCGCCGCGGCGGCGGCGGUGGAGCCUCUGGAAGAGGAGACGAGCGGCGUAUCGAUGAAGGGGGUCAAAAUCUCCGGCAGACCCCUCUACCUCGAUAUGCAGGCGACUUCGCCGGUGGACCCUAGAGUCCUCGACGCCAUGCUCCCCUACUACCUCUCCCGCUACGGAAACCCCCACUCCCGGACCCACCUCUACGGCUGGGAAUCCGAGAACGCCGUCGAAUCAGCCCGCGCCCAAAUCUCAGCCCUAAUCAACGCCUCCCCGAAGGAAAUAAUCUUCACCUCCGGCGCCACCGAGUCCAACAACAUCUCAAUCAAGGGCGUCCUCCACUUCUACAAGGACAAGAAGCGCCACGUCAUCACCACCCAGACCGAGCACAAGUGCGUCCUCGACUCGUGCCGCCACCUCCAGCAGGAGGGCUUCGACAUCACCUACCUCCCCGUCAACCCCGACGGCCUCAUCGACCUGGAAAAGCUCCGCGCCGCCAUCCGCCCCGACACCGGCCUCGUCUCCGUCAUGAUGGUCAACAACGAGAUCGGCGUGAUUCAGCCCAUGGAAGAAAUCGGAAAAAUCUGCAAGGAAUUCAACGUCCCUUUUCACACCGACGCCGCCCAAGCCCUCGGCAAGGUUCCGAUCGACGUCGACAAAAUGAACAUAAGCCUCAUGUCGUUGAGCGGCCACAAGAUCUACGGUCCGAAAGGGAUCGGAGCUCUGUACAUGAGACGUAGGCCGAGAAUUAGGGUUGAGCCACAAAUGAACGGCGGCGGGCAAGAGAGAGGGAUAAGGAGCGGCGAGUACGACGAGAAGAGGAUAACCGCGUUGAACCGUCUGCUGAACGGAAUUCGAGGCAAGCUCGAAGGGGUGUUUGUCAACGGUAGUGAAGAGAGGCGGUACGCCGGUAACGUGAACCUUUCGUUCGCGUUCGUGGAAGGUGAGAGCCUUCUGAUGGGGCUAAAGGAGGUGACUGUAUCUAGCGGCAGCGCUUGCACGAGUGCGAGUUUGGAGCCUUCGUAUGUGCUGAGAGCUUUGGGAGUCGAGGAAGACAUGGCGCAUACUUCUAUACGAUACGGGAUCGGAAGGUUUACCACAGAAGACGAAAUCGAUAGGGCGGUGGAUCUGACGGUGAAGCAGGUGGAGAAGCUGAGGGAAAUGAGCCCUCUUUACGAGAUGUAUAAGGAUGGUAUCGAUAUCAAGAGUAUUCAAUGGUCGCAGCACUGAGGGUUUUGUUUGAUUGUAACGAUAAAUUUGGGGUGCAGGACAACUAAUGGAAUGGCUUUCGCAGGGUUUUUUUCUUAACCAGGUUUUUAUCUCUGUACAUGCUUUAGAACAUGUAUCUAUAGUUUUGCACUGCGGUUUUUAUAUUUGUUGCUAGAUGAAUGAAUGAAUGCUUUUUGCUGUUUUAUAACCGUGUUGGUGGACGAAUAAUUAUAACCUGGUAUUUAUGAUCAUGGAAGAUUUUAUAA